AUGAUCGCAGCGCUGCUCUGUAUCAUCAAGGCGAACAUGAACCCGUCAAUGCUUUCUGGAAGAUGGCUUGCCCGUCCCAGCCCUCACUCGCAACCUAAGACAUUCGUCAACACUAAGACAACCAAGGGCAGUAUGAAACGAGACCCUACCCUGAUGGGUCUGAGCACACGUCUACCUACGUAA